AUGUCGGCGAGGGUCGACGAAGCAUUGAAGGCGGCGCCGGAAGGUAGCCAUCUUGGUGGCAUGCUCUGGUACCAGGGUGAAACGGAUGCGGCGAAAGAGGACCGUGCUGAAACGUACGGCGAUCGCUUUCAGACGCUGAUCGAGGACGUCAGGGGCUUGGGAUAUCCGGAUCUGAACAUAUUUACGGUUGCUGUCACCGGCACGACAGCCCGUCUUCCAUACCUCCAACAGGUUCGAGAUGCGCAACUUUUUGCGGGGUCUUCGACGGGAAUCGCUGGCGUAUGGGUUACGGAUACCUUUGGCCUACCCAUGUUUCCUGAUGGGUUGCAUUUGGUGACCAAAGCACAGGUAGAACUGGGCGAACGUAUGGCUCUUCAGAUCUUCACCGCAACGGCAGCCAGUGCGCCAGAAAGGGAGAAUGCUCGAGCCGCAACAGAUGACCCAACCAGGGGUUGGGCCAUAGAAGAUGCAAGGGUUAGCAACGCCGAGAACGACUUGAGCUGCAUAGUUGCAGCGACGAAAUCCAAGAGCGCAAGCAAGGAUGGAACCAUUUCACAGGUGCAUUUCCGCUCCUUUGCGAAGCUUCUCUUUUUCCUCGAGCCGCGUCCUACACCAGAUGACCGAUUAUUGGUGCUCGGAUACGGCGCGGGAGUGUGCGUCUUGACGGCAGCUCUGCUCUACAGUCUGCGCCAGAUACAAGGGAUAUGCGCAGCGGAGGGAGGCAUCGACGAAGCGCACACCCUUUUUCCCGUGUACUCGGGCGGCACUCCCGCAGUCGCCAGUGGCUCAGAUGAGCAGGAAGGUCCAAAGUCGAGCCUAACGCCUCCUUCGAACAUCGACCUGCUUGAGGGCGAAGUCGCUGAGGCACGCUGGGACGAUGCAACUCUCGUCUACGCCGCCUCUUGCAAUUUUGAUGAGAACGUCAUGUUGGACGUGGCAAGGCGAUGCCGCGGAUCAAGGGAUUGCAGGCGGGUGAUUACUCUAGGCAAGCCGCUGCCUGCAGUUCAGUUGCGUCAGAGGGAAGAGGGAACGGUUGUGAACGGGGAGUUCAAAGUCGUGUGGCAGUGCCAGGUGGAAGGAUAUCGGGGUGGCACAACGGUGGCGUUUGUACACCACCGUGUAUAGCCACUAGCGUAAUAGAACGGGUAGGUUUGGAUGUGUUCUCAACAAUUGCCUGUUGUACGUUGUCACGGCCUUGUCCCUCCCUGCAUAAACCCUCUCGUUGCUGCAUGGCAUAUCCGGUGCUUUGGUGGCGAGAAGCGAAGCCGUCAUGCGGGUGCGGUCGGUGAUCCCACGCACACUACUGUAGGCGUUCGAUAGGUUGGGUCCUUUAUUGUGUUCGACUGGAUUUUUCGACAGCUCGUGUCAGCUACUCAAGAUUGUGUUUGUCUCAUACCUUGUUCUU